UGAAUCGAAUCAGUUAGGUAUGUUGUGUUAUAACAUUUGACCCGAGAGUACAUUAAAUUUGUGAAGUUCGUUUUACGACUUAUUACAUGACUUAGUUUUAAAACAGUUAAAAGUACUCCAUUGUAAUUCUCAAAAUUCCAAAUAAAUAGUUCACGUUAUUCAUGUUGUAACAGAUCAUUCUCAACUAUCGACAUCUAAAGUUUUAUACGUAUGUAUUAGCAGAUAAAUAUAAAAGCAAAUCAAAAUGAGUUCGGAGGGUGGAAGGAUUUUGAGACUGUUUUCUUCGCACAAUUACUUAUCGAUUUUAUGUAACGGAAAGGUUAAAGGAAGUCCAGAAAAAUCUAACAAACACACUUUAUUAAUGACGAUAAGUGCCAAUACGGAAGAUCCGAGUUUGGUAUACAUUUAUGGCAUAAAAUCCAGACUAUUCAUAUCAAUGAACGAUAAAGAAGGCAGUGUAUCUGGAGUAUGUCAAAAAGAGUGCGCCACAAUAUUUAAGGAGGACUACGCACGAUCACCGGACGACAGUACAGCCGUGUCCGAAAAUUAUCUUAUGUACGAAUGUGUCAGAGAUGGACAGGGUGUUGGGUGGUAUUUAGGAAUUCGAACGAAUGGUAUGGUACGUCGAGGAUCACACACAAGUAAUCAAUUCAUAAAUGAACUUGCGUCAAAAACCGAAGAGAAAAACAAAGAAAAAGUUAAAUCAAGAAGACGAAAAGAAUUGAUGUUUCUUCCCGAUCACAAUGUUAUACCAUCGGAAAUAUGUGAAGCAGAGAACUACGAGUGCGAAGAGUGUGGAAGAACUUGUUAAAAUUAUUAAAAAGAUUGCCAUACAAAUUAUGAAUGUUGUUAAGAUGUUCCAUUUUUAGAAAACCGUUUGCAUUUACCAUAUUUCGACCGAAGCUAUCAACAAAAAUAUACGUCUAGUACUAUACUUCGUUUACUUUCUGUAGCGAUGUGACCUUCAGUUUGACCGGCGCAAAGUAGAAAAGAACAGCACUA